AUGGAUCAAAUUAAUCCAAAAUACCGUGCUUAUCUACAAAAAGCGAAUUAUGAGAAAUGGUCACGCGCACAUUCACCAGUAAAAAGGACUUGGACACUAACAAGUAACAUUGCAGAGUCACUAAAUAACGCUAUUCUAGUUGGAAGAAGGUUACCAGUGGAACCAUUGUUGGAAUUUGUUAGAAAAACAAUUGAAGCUUGGAAUGAGAAACACAACGAAGAAGGUAGAAAUACUACAACAACCUUGACAAGUAAAUACAAUGAAAUGUUGGAGGACAAUAGAAAUUUGUCUCAUCGUAUGCUGGUACGCGCAUCAACAAUACACCUUCAUACCAUUACAGAUGGUGCAAAGAGGUUUACAGUAUGUCUGAAUACACGAAUGUGUAGUUGUGGCAGAUUUCAACAUGAUGAGAUCCCUUGUAGUCAUGCACUUGCAGCAAUCAGACAUAGGAAUAAACAUCGCGAUGAUUAUUGUUCAGCUUAUUAUAGUAAUAAGAAUUAUCAAGAUACAUAUGCAAUACCAAUUGAACCCUUGCCUUGUGAAAGCACUUGGGAUGUUCCAUCACAUGUCUUGGAAGAGGUAGUAUUACCACCAAUUACAAGAAAGCAACCUGGUAGACCUCCAAAAAAUGAUCGCAAAAAGGGAUUCACCGAAGGAGAGGGAAAGAAGAGGAAAGUAACCUGUAGUGAAUGUGGUAUAGUUGGGCAUAACAAGAAGACUUGCCCAAAAAUAACACAUGAAAAUUAG